UACUGUUCUUUCUCCUCUUGCUCUUGGGACUCCGCCGUCGCGCAGAAAGCCACUGCGUGCGAGCGGACUGCCACAGAGGAGGAGCUUUCGGCCGCAGUCUAAGAACACGGAGGACACAGUGCUGGUCCUGAGGAGAGCGCCAAUGGCCGCCCAAGUUACCCAAGCGGACUGUCUUCUUCACUUGGUGCAUGGAACUGGAGCUAGCUUCCACUUCAGGAUUUAGGUUUAUAGGAAGAAAACAGAGGUGGAAGCCACAGACUAGAAGGAACUGAAGCUGUCUUUCGGUCAUUCCUACUGAACUAGGUUAUAUCUAACUGGAAUAAACUUCUUUUUGCCUCUUUGCUUUAACUACCAAGGAAUGUGAGCCUUGUUGGGCGUCCUCCAGGGAGCCCUUCCCUGACACAGCCCCCUUCCCCUCUUCCCCCCUUCCUGAUAUAGAUCAGCUCCUGGUGACUCAUUUGCCCUUACUUCCUGGCCCUUUCAGAGCCCAGGCCUGUGUUUGAAACCUGACAUUGUAAAGACGCUUCCUACUUUUGGAGGAGAGGCUCUUCUUCCAGGUGCCUGCGUGGAUUUGUGUUCCUCUUGAAAAGAAUGGCUGAUGUGUGCACCUGGCCUUUCUCCCCUAGGGCUUAGCAGUGGCCACCAUGGGUUCUGUGAAUUCCCGAGGUCACAAGGCAGAAGCCCAGGUGGUGAUGAUAGGCCUCGACUCAGCUGGCAAGACCACGCUCCUGUACAAACUGAAGGGCUACCAGCUGGUGGAGACCCUGCCCACUGUUGGUUUCAACGUGGAGCCGCUCAAAGCCCAGGGGCAUGUGUCUCUGACAAUCUGGGAUGUCGGGGGGCAGACCCAGCUGAGGGCCAACUGGAAGGACUACCUGGAAGGCACCGAUGUCCUCGUGUAUGUGCUGGAUAGCACAGAUGAAGCACGCUUGCCCGAGGCCGUGGCUGAGCUCGUGGGAGUCCUGAACGAUCCACACAUGGCCAGUGUCCCUUUCUUGGUGCUGGCCAACAAGCAGGAGGCGCCCGGCGCUCUGCCGCUGCUUGGGAUCAGAGACAGGCUGGGCCUGGAGAGAUUCCAGGACCGCAGCUGGGAGCUCCAGGCCUGCAGUGCCCUCACCGGGGCCGGGCUGCCCGAGGCCCUGCAGAGCUUGAGAAGGCUCCUGAAAUCCCGCUGCCACUGUGUUCCCACGUGAGUGCAGGUGCGGCAGGGAGUGGGGAGAGCAAGAAGACUGGGUCUGGGCAGAGCAGCGUGUCUGUGCCCAUACAAACUGAAAGCAGCAGCUGGUCCUUGAGAAUCUGAAACUCAGUUUGUCAAAGAAGAAGUCCUUCUGUGCUCGGACAGGGUAUUUUCUUCUUGGGGCUUAUUGUCACUAGUGUUUAUGCUGAAAACUAACUAUUCUUUGAAUAAUAACACUCUAAGGGGGAAAAAUGCCUCGACAUGCUUCCUUUAAUAACUCAUUACCAAGGGUGAACUGAGCAAUUGUAAUAGAACAAUGAAUGGUCGCAUUACAAUUAAGACCUAAAUUCACAGAGGGAAAGGUUUCAAAAUCAGAUUAGAAUAUCAUCUGGACAUGGUCACGAUGUUAAGAGUGAUUUUUUCUCUGGUGCCCUGGGUUUGUGCCAUGAUCACUACGCGUACAAGCAGCCAGGGCAAGCAGAGUUGGGUAGGUGACUCUGUCCUCAUGGAACCUUGGGUUUAGAAGUUCGCUGGGGCAGUUGGCCCUGGGCAAGAGGCUGGGAGUUGGGGCCUUCCAAAAUGUAUCCUUUUCUCUGACCCUGAUGAACUCUUCUCUACCUUUUAUCAUCUUGUAUUGGUCUUUUUAUAAAAUGCUUCAUUUUUAUCUUUUUUUUCUUUCUUUUUUUCUCUGUGCAGUACCUAUCUUUCCUUAAAGGUCAAUCAAGGAUUUCAUUCAUUCAUUCAUUCAUUCAAUUAACAAAUAUGUAGAGAAUUGAAUUUGGACAAAUGGCACUGAGUUUUUAGUUAUGAAUCAGGCCCUUGAGAUGCGAGGUGUGAAUUUUGAGGAUACAUGUAACAGAAAUGCUUCUUUCUCAUUAUUAAAUUUUUUAAAAAGUUGAACAUAGCAUACUACAAGGGUUUUAAGGUGAUCUUUACCUAGGAACCAUGAAGCUCCUGAAAUUAUUUACAAAAUUAUUUGUAAAAUGUUAUGCUUUGAGCCUUUUUGUUGGGGACGGGGGAAGAUCCACAACUUUUAUCAGACUUUCAAAGGCUUUUGUGACUCCCAAAAGUUAAACACUGAUCUGGUCUUAUCUAUCAUCCACCAGAGGAAUACUUCCUAUAAUUUGAGUGUUUUAAUGGCAAGCAGCUUACAUUUGACACCUGCUCUAAUGUUAAGCAGCUCUGUAUGUUGGCUUUUCCUACCCUGGACUAAAACCAUCCUUAUAGCUUCUGAUGGUAUUCUCUCCUCUCUGGAGUGAUACAGUAUAAAUGGGCCCUCAACACCCUUCCAGUAUCUGAGAUCCACCAGGUCCCUCUACCCAAAUUAUUCCCUUCUAACAUCAGGUUAGGCAUGCUAAAUUCCUUCCACUACUUGUCAGUAGAUAGGUUCUUCUUUGUCAGGCACAGGAAAAGUACAGAGAUGCAAAGACAGUUUGGACAAGGCCUCAGGCCUCAUGGAGCUCUGGCUGGGGAAGCAGGACAAAACUCCCAUAAAAAGACAGACAGAGGCUCAAUUCAGCAACUGUUUAUUGAGCACUUUCUGGGGCCAAGUUCUGUGCUCCGUUCUUUCCAUAGAUUCCAAUCCUCUCAAUACUGCAAAGUGGUAUAAUUCUCAUGUUGCAUAAUUGGAAACUGAGGCUGGGGGAGGUUGUGACUUGCUUGAGGCAUAGAGCUACUAAGUGACAUAUCUGGAAUUUGAAACCAGAUAGGUCUAGCCCAAAUAAUGCCUGUAUUCUUCCAUGACAUCAUGUUUCUAGAAGGUUUAAGCCAAGGCUGACCUUCAGUCAACCGAUGUGAUGAGGGAAGCUGUCGAGUCAGAGGGAGGAGACUUCUUGUAAGUAUGAGGAGGAGUGAAGGAAGGACAAGUGGCUGGCGUGGAGUGAGGGGUGGAUGAGAGGAAUGUAUUAAAUAGAAAACAAAACUGGAAAGAACUUUAAGUCCAAGCUGGGGAAGGUUUGGACUUUUGUAAUCUGGAUUUGGCUCAGGGAAGUGAAACCCCUGGACUUGCCAUUUGGGAGUGUAAUUUAGUGGCAGUGUGGGCUGGAGAAAAACGAAGGGGGACACUGGAGUCAGGCAGGCAGAGAGACCAGCUAGCUGCCCUUUGCAGUAACAGAGGAGAGCGGAGGAAGAAAGAUGAGAAAUUGAAAGCCAUUUUUGAAGGAAAGAGCUGAGAGAAGUUGAAGAUGUCAUAAGGUUUUGAGUGUAUGUGACAGGAGGGAUUGGCAUGACCUGAGAAGGUGGGCACAGAAGGAACGAAUUGGAAUGGGGCCAGAACUGGUGGGU